GACGCUUGACCGUGACCGUGUCACCGUGCCGCCGUGCCGUAAUUUCUCGAUCUUUCUUGUCUCAGCAUAAUCAACGGCAAAACAUUCACGAUCUGAAAAUCGAUCGAAGAGAGAGAGAGAAAGAGAGAAAGUUGUUUGCAGGGCUAAUUAUUAUAAUUUGAAAAUUCUUAAAAAUUUAAAAUUACACAAAUUGAAGACCAUUCAGAUCGAAAGGCUACUUUAAAGAAUUGUAAUUCUGUGGAAAAAAUAGAAAACUCCGUAAAAGUCGAAAACUUCUUGUAAACGAGAAAGCCGAGGAUUUUCCCAGGAGAAUCGAAAAAAGGUUAACAGUUUGAAACAACGCGGCUGUCAAUUAGUGUGCCAAACGACUGAGUGCGCACACGCUUUAAAUUUCGUUUAUUUUGAGACGGACGUUCAAUAUCGAGACCGCCGCCGACACGAGUGCUAUCAUUGGCGCUUUUGCGUCAAUCGAUUUUUUCAUUAUUAUUACUGCUUAUCGGGCGUCUUACGUAGCGGCCGGCAGUGAUGAAUUGUCCCGUCGUCGAGACAGACAUUUAGAGCUCACGAGAUCUUCGUGGAGUCGACGCCAAGGACGUAUUUCUGCAGCAAUUUAAGAGAAGUGUCGCGCCUUUUCACAACUGAAUAAGAAAAGUUUGAAAAGCCCUGCUUUCUGAAACGACUGCCUACUUUUCGAGAAAAAGUGACGCGAUCGAGAAGAAGACAUUCUUACUGUAUCAUCUAUAAUUAGUAUUCAUCAGACAGAAGAGACGUUAACAUUGGAACACUGUGAUAACGUAAUUUAUUCGACGUAUACGGCAUCCAAGUUUUUCACUCGCUUCUGCGAAGGCGGCAAUAUUGCAAAAUAUCUAUUAUUUUGAUAUUCGGUCGAGCGAUACACAUCAAAUAAUCGUAAUCACGGAAAAUCGAGAGAAGUACUGUGAGAAGUGGAAGUUGUAUAGUAAUACGUACAUCAACGUGAAGAGAUAUUGCGGAUACCUGUUUAGUACGAAGAAACACACUUCACCAUGUCUUUCCUCAACGGAACUCUGUUGGUGUUGACGUACACGGCCAACAUGAUGUCCACCUUGCCCGAAAAGACAGACACGAAGAAUAUUAGCGCAGCUCAGAAUAUCACCACCACGACCCUAUCCCCGGAAGAGCUGGAGAACAGAUUUGAUUUGGACGAUCAAUGGUACAUGUGGCGAUGCUACAAGCCGUUUGGUUGUUUUUACAUUGGACCACCUUGGUCCGGAGAAAACCGACCUGUUUCCACAUUUCCGGCACGUCCGGACAGCAUUAAUCCUCGUUACAUGCUUUACACUCGCGAACAUGCUGAAAAACCUCACGAAUUAAAGAUCGAUGACUUUGAAACUAUUCGAACAUCGCCUUUGAAGGACAAGACCAAUUUAUAUCUCAUCAUUCACGGAUUCCUGGAUAAUGGCGACAAAACGUGGGUUUUGAGAGUGAUGAAGGAGUUACUGUUGCGUGAGGAUUGCAAUGUCGUGAUAGUCAAUUGGCUCGCCGGUGCUGGACCACCGUACACGCAGGCGGUGGCGAAUACGCGAUUGGUGGGUGCUAUGACAGCUCGCUUGAUGGCACAGCUGGUCGAGAUCACGGGGUUACCACCCUCGAAGACGCACUGUAUCGGGCACAGUCUAGGCGCCCACACUUGCGGUUACGUGGGAUAUAACUUGCGAGAAUACAAGAUAAAACUGGGGAGAAUUACAGGCCUCGAUCCGGCGGAACCGCACUUCAGCAACACCCAUACCAUGGUCCGGCUGGAUCCGACGGACGCGGCAUUCGUGACGGCCAUUCACACCGACGGCAGUCUUUUUAUCAGCGGUGGCCUCGGCAUUUCGCAACCGGUGGGUCACAUCGAUUUCUAUCCGAACAGCGGUCGCAAUCAGCCCGGCUGUAACGAAGGUGUGCUCAAUUCCAUCACCUUGGAACGCGGCAGUUUCUUUCGCGGCAUCAAAAGGUUUCUGGGAUGCAACCACAUCCGCAGUUACGAGUACUUCGUCGAGAGCAUAAAUUCGCAGUGCCCGUUCAUAGCCGUGCCGUGCAGCUCCUGGGAGAAGUUUCAGGAGGGCGAGUGCUUCGACUGCGUGACUCAAUACUGUCCCAGAUUAGGACUGGACGCUCAGCGCGGGAACUAUCACGCGUCUGUGUACCUGAUGACCGGAUCCGACAAGCCGUUCUGCAAGGCCCACUACAAGCUGACGAUAAAUAUCUCAAAAACGAACGAGAGCCUGUCGCACGGCGGGGAGGUCGGGAUGUUCGUCGUGCGCGUGAUCGGCGCGAACGGCAAGAAAACCGAAAGAAUGCAACUGAGUCCGACCUCGAAGUACUACGAGCCCGGUAGCAAGCACACGAUCGUACUGCCUGGCGACGUUGUCGGGGAGCCACACUCGGUGGAGAUCACCUGGGAGUACCAGACAUCGGUCUUCAAUCCGCUGACGUGGAGGCUGCUUCACACGCCGCGGGCUUACAUCGAUUCGUUGGCCAUAAAGAAUCUGGAGACUGAUUACGGAGUCACUGUCUGCCCGGACGACACGAAAACGCUGCUCGCUAACCAACCCAAGCUCUUGACCACGGAUAACUGUCGCAACACAGAACACAAUGUAAUUUCCACGUGAAGGACCAAAUGAAAUCCACGCGGGUCACAUUCUCACGGUCAAAGAUUAAAUCUAUUGAAGUUAAUAUAAUUUCGUUAAGUACAAUUAAAUUUUGCGAGCUGCAAAUAAAAUUAAUCUCUACGCCGGAAAGUAUCGUGAGGUGAACUUCGUCCGGAUCAUGGCGCAAAAACUCGAUAUUGCUGGAAUUCCGCUAGUUUCAAAUUUUGCUUGCAAAUUUGACUAGAGUCGACGAUCUGCUCGUUACUGCGAAACAAGACUCGUCAGCUGCAAGAGGAAAAUUACAUGACGGGAUUUUGGAGAUUGUAGAGAUUUUUUAAUUACUUCUGCAUGCGGAGGCUGUAGAUAUAGGAUAACUAGGUAAGAGUAAAGAUAAUUUACUUGCAACCACUCUGUUAUAUUUCUUUGUGUUAUAUUAGUAUUGCGUUGUAAUUUCAGUUUUUUUACUGUUAACUUAAUAUUAAUGAAACCAUAGUGAGUUGAAUCAACCUAGGUAAAAUGAUUAUCUCUGCAGGAAGUGUAAAAGGUUUAGUGAUUAUGUCGUACAUAAGUGUAGAGAAAUAGUAAAGGAUGGAGUACGCGAAAAUACAAGUGCCUAGCUCUUGUAUUCUUUGUUCAGCUUGGUUGUCUCAUGAGUGGCUAUAAAUCCCACCACUUUUGAUACACUGUAAAAACGAAAGGGUUCUUUAAAGUAUUUUAUUAUAUAUAAAUAUAAAAAAAUAAAUAUGUCCUAUUUCUAAUUU